AUGGCUUUGCUCGUUGACAAGCUGCGUCCUCGGACCCUCGAUGCGCUCACAUACCAUCCCGAGCUGUCAGAUCGUCUCCGAUCCUUGGCUCAGAGCGGAGAUUUCCCUCAUUUGCUCGUCUACGGACCAUCAGGUGCUGGCAAAAAGACACGUAUUAUCGCAACUCUUAAAGAGCUAUACGGCCCCGGUGUUGAGAAGAUCAAGAUCGAUGCCCGAGUCUUCCAAACCACGGCCAACCGCAAGCUCGAAUUCAACAUUGUCUCCUCCGUCUACCACCUCGAGAUUACUCCUGCCGAUGUCGGAACUUACGACCGUGUGGUGGUUCAAGAAUUGCUGAAAGAAGUCGCCCAGACACAACAGGUGGAUCUGUCCGCGAAGCAACGGUUCAAGGUCGUCGUGAUUAAUGAAGCCGACCACCUCACCCGUGACGCACAAGCUGCGCUGAGACGCACGAUGGAAAAGUACAGCCCGAACUUGCGAUUGAUUCUCCUGGCCAACAGCACUUCCAACAUCAUUGCCCCGAUUCGCUCGCGUACCCUGCUGGUCAGGGUAGCUGCACCGACCGAAAACGACAUUUGUUCCGCACUCCGAAUCGCCGCUAAGCGGGAGGGAUGGACCGAGGCUGAUGGCUUGAACAAGAGGAUUGCGAAGGAGAGUGGUCGGAAUCUGCGUCGUGCAUUGCUUAUGUUCGAGUCAAUCUAUGCGCAGAACGAGAAAGUGACGGACAGCACUCCAAUCCCGCCUCCGGACUGGGAGGCACUUAUCUCGGUCACAGCAGACGAUAUCGUAAGGGAACGAACACCCGCCCAGCUUUUGCAAGUGCGCGCUCGACUGUAUGACCUGUUGACGCACUGUAUCCCACCGACAACCAUCCUCAAGACAUUGACGUUCAUGUUGGUGUCAAAAGUUGACGAUGUGCUCAAGCCGGAUGUGAUCAAAUGGUCUGCCUUUUACGAGCAUCGGAUCAAGCUUGGCAGUAAAGUGAUUUUCCACCUCGAGGCCUUCGUGGCCAAGUUCAUGCGCAUUUACGAGAGCUGGACUAUGGGCAUGGACUUCGAGUGA